AUGCUUGGUCCAAAGUGUUGUAUGUUGAUAACAACUCGCAAUGAAAAGGUUUUGACUUGCCACAAUGCCAAGACGUAUAAACUAGGGAAGCUUGAUGCAGAACAAUCCCGAGCCAUGUUUCUAAAGUAUGCCAACACUGACGAAGACUUUAUUAAGCAGUUUGAACUCGGGAAACAGGUCAAUGAAUUCCUAGAGAUUCUGAAGAAUUAUCCACUGGCUAUUACAUUAAUUGGAUCAGCACUCCGUACCACAGGCAUACAUGUAAAUACAGGAAAGGUGCAACGAAAAUGGAAACUGAGACUUAAACAGCUUCGCACAAGAAACACCUUUUGGGAAAAUCAAGCAGACCAGUUGAAAAAUCCCAACUACAAUCAUACACUGUUGGGAGCAUUUGAUGUCAGUUAUAACUUCCUUGGUAACGAAUUAAAUUCUGAUGCACAGAACGUAAUACAAAGAAGAUUCUUGGAUUUUGCACUUUUUCCAGAUGAUACAAAUGUUCCGUUCAAUGUACUUCAUAAAUUAUGGGUAGAUGGUGAUGAAGACCAACUAGAAAAUGAUUUGGAUAUUUUAACAGAAUCAUCGCUAAUCAGUUGUACCACAAAUCAAGAUGGGAAAGAGUCUUAUAAAGUUCAUGACUUGGUUCUACAGUAUGCUCAGCAUAAGUUUGAAGAUGUUCUUGGAAAAGGGUCAUUAUAUCAAAGACAAUGUUACCUUAUUGAUCAGUAUAGGGAUGACUGUAACAGACAAGACUUAAGCUGUCCUAAACAACCUAAUUCUCUCCAUGAAAUCCACGCAGAAGACGGCAAAGAUGACGUGUUUCCUUGGUGGAAGAUACACAGUGAUGGAUAUAUCUACACACAUCUGGUUCAUCAUUUAAUGAAGGCUGGGUUUGACAAAGAAGUUAGACUGCUGCUAAUUAGUUAUCAGUGGAUUAAGACCAAACUUACACAUACUGAUAUAGCUUCUGUGAUUUCUGACUAUGAGCAAUACUUUAAACUCAAGUAUGUUGAUGAAAGCACAGACAUAAUGUAUGCAGCUCUUACAUUUACUGCACCAGUAGUUGCAAAGCAUAAUGACCAGCUGCCAAACCAGCUUCUUGGGUCAUUAGUUGAUGUUGAUAACCCUGAAGUAAAUGUAAUAGUUGAACAAAUUAAUAAUGAUCUGAAAUCAUCAAAGUCCAAUUGUUUAUUGCCUUUAACAUCGUGUCUUACACAACCUGGGGGUUACCUGAAGCGGUCAAUUGGAGACAACAGGGCAACUGUUCUAUGUGUAGGAUUCACCCAUGACAACAAGCAGAUAUUGGCAGGAUUCGGAACAGGUGGAUACAAGUCAGCUCAUGUGUUAGUAAUUGAUGUUGCAACUGGAAGAGAGAAAAUAUUAGGGAAAGAGGUUGACCAUCACAAAGGACUAGUAUUUGAUCUUGCAAUUCAUCCCAAAGACAUGUUUGUGGUGACUGCUUCUUUUGAUCACACACUUAAGAUUUGGUCUCUUUACAGCGACUUUGAGAAAGUAAAGACAUUAACAGGACAUACAGGCUACCUAUACUGUGUUUCAAUGUCAAGUGAUGGCAAAUUUGCCGUAUCUGCUGGCCAGGAUAAAACAAUCAAGAAAUGGAACUUGAAGAAAAAUGUGUGCACUUUGACAAUUGGUGGGCAUGAGGGAACAAUUCGCCAAGUUUGCAUAACUAGCCAAGGUGAUAAGGUAAUUUCUGGAUCAGAAGAUGGAAAAGUGAGAGUAUGCUGCCUUGAUAAUGGUACUAUACUUCAUGAGUAUGAUUCUCAUGUACAACUUGUGUUCUGCAUAGCUGUGACUCGUAAUGAUAAACAGGUGAUUACUGUUGGUACUGAUAAUGCAGCAAAAGUCUUGGAUCUAGAGAGUGGCCAGUUGCAAUUUGAGCUUCAAGGUCAUUGUAAAGAAAUUAUCUCUUGUACAACAUCGAAAGAUGACAGACAUAUUUUCACUGGUGGAGCUGAAGGUGUGAUUCGUAUGUGGUCACUCCAGAGUGGUACUGAAGAACGUGUAUUCCAUGGUCAUGCUGAACGUGUUAGAUAUAUAGCUAUUUCACCAAAUGGGAAAUUGAUGGCAUCAGGUUCUGAAGACUGUUCACUGAAGAUUUGGGAUUGUGACAUAGACUCCAGUAAGAUUGUGCCGAAUCAACAAGGUCACACAUCAGCUGUUAGUGCUAUUGCAUUGUCUGCCAAUGGCAAGAUGGCUGCUACAGCAUCACAUGACUCCACUGUACGAAUAUGGGAUUUGGCAUCAUAUUCAUCCAUCCAUACCCUAUUUGGCCAUUCAGAUAUUAUAAGCUGCAUAACAAUAGCAGAUGCGUUGUCAUGUGUGAUAUCUGGUUCCAGUGAUAAAACUAUUCGUAUAUGGAAUAUGAAAAUUGGAGAGCUUUGUGGAGAACCACUGAUUGGUCAUCGGUACAUGGUAACAGCAGUGCAUGCCACAACAUACAAGGGGAAAGAUAUUUUACUUUCUGGUUCCUGUGAUAAUAUUAUAAUUUUGUGGGAUAUCAAAUGCAAGAUUCAGCUUUAUCAUCUGAUUGCUGAUUCAUAUAACGUUAUGAAUUUGUUCUCGUCCAGUUACUCAGAACAACCUUGUUUACAGAUUAUGGCAGCUUUCCGAGGAAGUGUUUGUAAAUGGGAAUUGUCUCAGUUACAAGAUAAUUCUUCUGUUCCUAAACUAUAUCCAGUCCACAACCAUUGCCAAUUACAGACCCCUAACUAUCCAGCUAUCCCUCACACAGUUCAGAAUGGUUUUAUUGUUGGAUGGGAAGAGAUGAGCAGAAUUCGGUUCUGGGAUUUGGAUAAUGAUAUAGAUUCAAAGAUAGUCAGUGGACAUGAUGACUUUGACAUUGUGACUUCAUUACACUUGAGCCAAGAUGGUGGCAUUCUUGUAUGUGGUAGUCAACAUGGCUUUUUGAACAUUAUUGGUUUAUGCAAAGCAGGCAAUCCAAUGGGAAGACUGCAGACUCCUGAUAACAUGACAUCCCCUGUUACAGCAAUAACUGCAUUACAGUCGGAUGAUCAUGAUGCAAUGUUUUUCUUUGCUGGAUUUCACAAUGGGAUGAUUCUAACAUGGGAGACAAAUGAUAAGGCUCGUGUUUAUGAGUGUGGAAAAACUCCCGCAAAAAGUCAUGAAAAUGGAGCGCUGACGAUUAGUAAUGGGAAAAACGUUGGACAAGGAUCAUCCACUAUAACUAAUCUAGUUGCAUACACUGAAGACAAGACAGUGAAACUUCUCUCCACUGGACUGAAACAAGACGACACAUCAAUUACAAUAUGGGAUGUGAAUGCUGGGAAACGUAUCCACCAAUUAUAUGGCCAUACUGAUAUUGUGACAUCUGUAUGUAUGACCAGUCACGUGAAUGUCAUGUCUAGUUCACUUGAUGGCUCUGUGAUAUACUGGGACUUGAAAACAAAUGGUCAUCAGUGUUACAAAUCUCCAGAUGCCAUCACGUGUCUUGCUGUUACAGCUGAUAGUAAUAAUUACAUUAUUGGUUCUAAGCGCAAUGUCAUGGAGGUACAUGAAGUAACUACAGGGGAACUUCUGAAGUCAUUUUCUUUGGGAUCAAAGUUCAACAUGAAGAAAUUGGCACUGUCUGUAGAUGGAAAGCAUGUGAACUGUUGCUAUGAUGACCAUACUGCUGAAACACGAUGUUUGAAUACUGGGAAGCUAGUGUCUGAUAUGGUUGGUCAUCAGAAUGAAUGGGGAAAUAUUUCAAAGUGUUCUGGAAGUGACAUGGUAAUAAGUAAUAAUACACACUGCAGAGUGAACUUGUGGAAUCCAGCCACUGGCGAAUCAUUGGCAACUAUUGGUAGUAGUCAUGGUAACUCAACACAGAAAGUUGCAUCAUCCAGAAGUCCUGCAAAUAAAAGUACAGGGCAUCGACGUAUGAUAACAGCAGUGCAUAUCAACAAGGAUCUCAUUCUUACAGGGUCAUAUGAUAAAUCUCUGAAUAUCUGGAAAGUUGUAAAAUCUCAAAACUGCCAAUCAGUUCUCAUAGAUAGCUAUUAUUUUGAGCAUGCUGUCACAUCUAUUAAUAUGACACAAGACAAUGUCAUUUGUAUUGGACUUCUGAGCGGAUUGGUCUGUUUUAUUCAGAUGAAAGAAGGUGCGUAA